GCUUAUUCAACCCCAUCUCCAGCAAUAAGCCAGGACGCGUGGCUAUUGAAGUUAUGAAUUGAAAAAAGAGCAUUCUCGCCAAAACCUUCAAUCAAUUUCAAAUGUUAGUUAAGUCUACUGACUGAGGUUGAUGGGAUACAACUUAGAACUUUAUAAUUAGUCGCAUACUGCUUUAUGAAGCUGGUCAAUUGAUAAUCCAUGGUCCUUUCUGUGCAUUCAUCCCCGUCUUUUCUAAGACAAUUCUGAUCAAUUAGAAAACAGCCACGUGCUCUAAUUAGGUCCUUUUGAAGGUAGAAGAAUAGACAUAAGGAUACCGCUGGGAGAUCUCAAACUAUUUAACCUUCAACAUUUACCCACCUCAAUCACUUGGCACACGACUUAGACCAAGUGCGAUUUGAAGACGCUAACCGAAGCCUGUCUGAAAUUUAAGACUUAAAUAAAUAAAUAACUUUUCAAAUAGGUUAAUAUUAAGAUAAUUGACACAUUUACCAACGCACAUUUAACUUAUUUUUUAUUUUAAUUUGUAAAACAUCCAUAUAAAUUCUAUUAGGAUAAAAUGGAAGAGAUGUUUUUUGACUUUGACCAAGACCCUACAGCAGACUUUGCCUUUUGGGGGCAAAUGGACCCAAACUUCCAAUUCCAGCCUCAGUUAGACAAUAUACUCUUGGACUGCCACUCCUUGACCGGACAGUUGUCCCCAUGGUCAUCCUUUGCAUGCCAGUCUGUGUUCCCCGACGCCCAGCUCACUCUUACUGAUCUAGAUUCUCAACCCAUGCAGUUAGAAGGUGCUGAACUGGACAGCUCCUUAGCGGCGGACGAGGCUCACGAGUUCAACAAUAGGCUACAGUGUGGACUGGUACCGAACCAUCCCUACAAGGUUCAGCGACACGCCGCCAACAUCCGGGAAAGGAAACGAAUGCUGAGCAUCAAUUCUGCUUUCGAGGAGCUCCGGUCCUAUGUGCCCACAUUUCCUUAUGAGAAGCGACUUUCCAAGAUUGACACUUUGAGACUGGCUAUUGCUUACAUUGCACUGCUUAGGGAAAUCUUGCUGUCGGGUUGCGACCCCAAGUCUUACGUGGACGAAUGCAUGAAAAACGGCUAUAAAAACCAGACCAACGCAAUCUGGAAUACUAGUGAUCUGACAGCACGCCUUUCUUGGGUAAAGUGGGAUUAAGGGGUGAAUUAUGGACAACGACGAGAUGGUGAGAAUCGUUUUGCCGAGGGGUGCACGAUGACGUCACUGCUACGAACCAGCUGCUCGCUUCUCACCAGCACCAAACUGCUCUUCAUGCUAGUUUAUUUAUUUUAUAUUUAAAUUCAUUUCUUCUGUGUUUUUGCAUUUACUAUAUACUGCAUUCACUGUUUCUCUUUGUGCUCCUUUUACACACACAUCCUAUUCAUUCUUAGUUAUUUUAAUUGUAAUUGUUGCGUUCACUUUUAUAGUAAUAAUUCAAUAACCUCACGGUUUUGCACCUCAACGAUCAAAUGAAUGUUGAUACUUAAAUAUGUCACAAUAUUUUUUUUGAAAUUAUAUACUUUGUUUAGUGUAUUUAUGAUUCAAUACAUGUCACUAAUUGAUCAUUAGUUUACAAAUCUGAAUGAGUUAUGUAUUAUGGUCGUGUUUCAUUAAUAAAGUGCAUAUUUAUUAUAG